CUUCGCUCGGGGUCGUGUGUAGCAAAAUGGCCGCUCGACCAAAGUGAGUGUGACGUUUCGCGAGGUGAUUGUAUCGUUGUUUCGUGUGGUUUCUAUGAAUAUUCGUUCAUGUGACAUAGUGUUACCGUGCUUCCUGUGUAUAUCCGCAGGUCCGCCAGAAAAAAUCGCGUAUACGACAAGAGGAGAACAUACCCGAAGGAUGGACAGUCAGUCUGAAGUAUAGGUAACGUUUCAAACGCGGUUCGCAAGGGCUACCGGCGGGGAGUUGCGAUGCCAACGUACCACAAUGCGGGUGGCGGAUACCCGAAUGUGUCAGCGCCAGCGCGGCAAGCGAAGCUCGACGGCAAUCAGAAUCACCACACGAUCCCCUCGAACGUAACGUCCCAUCCCCUACUGCAGAACAGCACAACACAACACAACGUUCCUUCCAACUUGUCUGCAAGCAACAUUCCGUCCCAUCCAGUAUCACCGACAAUGACUACCCAUCCGAACGUCACCGCGCCGAGCAUAACCAGUCACAUGAACACCGGCUCGCCGCCGGUGAUUCUCACCACGAACGUCACAAAUCCCAGCAAUCCGACCGCGUUGCCGGUGAAUCCGAGGCACGAGGUCAAACUGAACGCUAUGCCAUGGUUCCACGGGAAAAUAUCGCGGGAAACUGCCGAGAGAUUGUUGCGACCGAGAGAAGACGGUCUGUUCCUAGUACGGGAGUCGACGAAUUUCCCAGGCGAUUAUACGUUGUGCGUGUGCUAUCAGAGCCGUGUGCAGCACUAUCGUGUGAAAUACAAGAACAAUCAAUUGACCAUCGACGACGAGGAGUUCUUCGAGAAUCUGGCGUUGCUGGUCGAGCAUUACGAGCAGGACGCGGACGGUUUGUGCACGCAACUGACGAAAUCGUUGCCGAAACAGGGGAAACAGGACUUCUGCGUGGAUCCGAAAGCGUUCGUGGAGGCCGGCUGGGUGAUACAGACCCACGAGCUCGAGCUUAGGGAGUGUAUCGGUAAAGGUGAGUUCGGCGACGUGUUGCUGGGCGUCUAUCGCGGCGAGAGGGUCGCCGUGAAGAUGCUGAAGGACAACAGCGAGGCGGCCCAAAGGUUUCUAGCCGAGGCGAGCCUGAUGACGUCGCUGAUCCACGAUAACCUGGUGAAGCUGCUCGGGCUUGUAUUCAAUAAUCAACACAUGUACCUGGUUACGGAGUAUAUGAGCAAAGGAUCCCUGGUCGAUUACCUGAGAUCCAGGGGCAGGCUGCACGUCUCCAAGAAGGAUCAGAUCAACUUCGCGUACGACACGUGCGCUGGAAUGGCGUAUCUGGAAUCCAGACACGUAGUGCACAGAGAUCUGGCCGCGAGGAACGUUCUCGUCGCGGAGGACAACUCGGCCAAAGUGUCCGACUUCGGGCUGGCACGGGACGAGAACUUCUCCCUCGAGGGCGGCAAGCUGCCCAUCAAGUGGACCGCACCAGAGGCUUUAAAGCAGAGUAAAUUUUCAAAUAAGUCUGAUAUGUGGAGUUUCGGAAUACUCUUGUGGGAGAUCUAUUCCUUUGGGCGUGUACCAUACCCACGAAUCCCCUUGGCGGACGUCAUAAAGUGCGUGGAGAAAGGAUACAAAAUGGAGCCACCGGAUGGAUGUCCGCACGAGGUUUACGACAUUAUGAGACAAGCAUGGGACUUACAACCUGAAAAACGACCUACUUUUUACGAUAUAAAAUUAGUGCUGGGUCAACUGAAAGCUGAAUACACCAAAGGUGUGAAUUGAAUCGAGACGCUACUUAUUGUUACUAGACGGAAAACGGAAUUAGCAUUUCCGGGAACGAUACCUUAUCGCAAUCAGAGGCAGAGAUAGUGGCUCUAAAUACUUUUCCCCAGGGAACAUAAUGUUUUUUUUCCCCUCCCCAUUGUACAUUUUUCACUGUACAAAAAAUAGUA